AUUGACAACCAAAAUAUAACCUAACAUUUUUUGUCAUUUUUAAUUUUUAAAAGAUUUUAUAUGUUGUUUUAGUUAAGUUUAAUAUUAAUUGGAUAAUUAAUUAUUUAAUUAAUAAUGGAGUCUAAAAAUAUAAAGAAACUUAGUCUUAUGGAAUUACAUGAAUCUCUAGAUCGCGUCAGUGCUCUACUAAAGAAAACUGUUUUUAUUAGUAACUUGCCAGAUAAAGGGAAACAUCUUCAAGAAACUAAAAUAAAGUUGGAAAAGGAAAUUGCUUUUCAUGAGAAUUUAGAAUUGACUAAUAAAUUAUUAACAAAUAUGUCCAUACAUUCCGAUGGUAAUAAGGUGACAUAUCAAGCUAAAAUAUGUUCAAUUGAAAAGAAUCCGCCCAAGGAGCGUUUUAAACCUCACGUUACGAUAAAGAACACAUCAUCUGAUCAUAAAGUACAGUCAAUCGACCUGCAAAGUUCUUUGGAAUUGCAAGUAAAACAACAGGAGAGAGUUAAGGCUGAGCAAAAAGUGAACCUCAGUAUUGCUAAGAAAUAUACUGAAGAUAAUUCCGGAGAUAACUCUGAGGAUUCCGAUGAAGAGAGUAGUUGUAGCGAGCUAGAAGAUAGAUCACAUAAGGAAGCUAUAGAAAAUGAAAUUAAAGAUGAAACUUGAUAUACUUUGGAAUUUUAUAUUAUCAUCAAAUUUUCUGAGUAUUUGUCUAUUGAGAGUUAAGUACCUAUCAUGUCUGAAUUGUUUCCUAUUUUGUUAAUAAAGUAUAUUCAUACUCUAA